AUGGAUUUCCAACGUAUACUGCAGAACCCAGUGGAGCAGAUGUUUCGUACGGAAGGCACAACAUCCUCCAUCCAGACUUCCGUGCUCGACCAAAGAAUUAUUGAAGAUUCAAUCAAGGUAUUUGAGCAACAGCUCGAAAAGAGUUGGGCGCGUCAAAGAGCCCCCAGAGGGUUAAAGAAACAUUUCCUAGGAACCCGAACUUCCGAUGCAUCAGUAACGUCACGCAUCUUCUUGGAGACUGGAGGGCUAAAAUCAUGGCUAGCACAUUUCCUUGCAACAAAAGGAAAGGCUCAUUUUAAAGGGCAACACCAGAGAUCCACCACUCUUGCUGCAUUUCACGAACUAUCAUUAGAAAACAGGAAAGCUGUCGCAAGAAAAGUGGCCAAUGUACAUCCACACCCGACUGUUAGCCGCGCCAUUCACAGAAUAUCCAAAAAUUUCACAGACGAGGGUCUCUUGGAGUCUUUCCACAAUGAAAACUCUCGACACUCCUCCACAAACAGUGAUUCGACCAGAGAUCUUGCCAUAGCCUCUAUGGAAGGGACACGGAGAGACCCCAAUUAUGCCUUCGACAGCUCACGACAUAUCGAAGGACCUGCACAACAUGUGGUGCUUGAAAAAGCCUCACUGCAAGGGAUCGCGGACAUUUUCGACCAGUAUAUGUGCAGUGCGAUUAGGAAAGAUAGAGAUCAGUGUGGAGAAUCCACUUGUCUUAAGGCUGCUGUAACGAUGGACUUCCCUUUUGACGGAUUAGUAGAUUGCCUUAUGAGCUUGGCUAUUGACCAAAGCAAGGUCGAGUAUCUUGCCAUGGCAUUGUUCAAUCUGCAUGUGGAAUCAGCAGGGCAAGUUCGAUACUUGAUUCUCAACGAAGGGGCCAAAGUAAUACCGAACCCUGAUAUUACGCUAAAAGGAGUGCUCGACGACGCUAUUAUUCGUAUACUUGGUCCGGACAUACACAGCGCAAUCCGAGCUAGCCGAAUGCGUAGAAAGGAACUGGAAGAGGGGAAUCGUGUGACUGAGUGUGUAUCCAUGAUAAUUACAAACAAAGCUAAUGAGGGCGCCAUUAUCAAUUUGUCACUGGGUUUGAAAGACGGCGCUCAAAUACAAAACAAGCUAUAUACAUAA